UAAUUAAAAACCACAGAUGAUUCGAAAGUUAAAGAAACUAAAAGUCAUCAAAUCAGGCAUGUUUUUUUCUCGAUAAUGAACAAGUUAACUACCAGUGCUUGAGUGUUCGUCAACUUCUUACAGAUAUUUACUUUACACGAUCACAACUGCGGAAUCUUGACUCUGCCAUUUGAUGUCUAAAUGGGAGAAUCAACCCCCUGGUUUACACCUGCCCGUUCCAAAGUUCUGCCUCUUACAGUCAAAACACCUUAAGACACACCUGACCUGACGGACGUUCUCAGCCAGGUGUUGACGUAGUUCCCUAACGUCAAACAUGUACCUGUGUUGCUGGGCAAACAACACCGAUCAGGUGUCAGGGUGUGACGCAGUAGCAAUAUUUUACUUCCUCCAGGUGUUUUAGUUCAUUUCCUCCAAGAUGGCGAGUGCCGUACUGCUCGCCGUGUUGGUCCUGUGCGUGAGUUUCCCUGCCCGAGCCCAGGAUGUUAGACCCCACCAGGAGUAUGUUGACAAGGGCUACUGUACCUACACAUAUGUGGUUCCGCCUGGGUCCCGUACUGGGAGCUUUUCUCCGCCACGUCUAGAGGAACAGCUCGCCGAGACCAAGGAGGAAACGGGCCGCUUGAAAAAUGAGGUGGAUCUCUUGGUGCAAACCUUGCUGGGUCUGCAGUCAGUUCUCACGUCCAGGUUGGACAAUUUGAGCGCUGAACUGUCAGAGGAGAAAGUCAGGAGUGCACAACUGGAACAGAAUCUGACACGGGAGCUACAGGAACAAGAAACCCGACUCCAAACCCAGGUACAGAACCUGACCCAGGAGCUACAAGAACAAGAAACCCGUCUCCAAACCCAAGUACAGAACCUGACACAGGCGCUACAAGAACAAGAAACCCGUCUCCAAACCCAGGUACAGAACCUGGCACAGGAGCUACAAGAACAAGAAACCCGUCUCCAAACCCAGGUUCAGAAUCUGACCACAACCUUUUACGAGCAUGACGUGAUCAUCAAACAACAGCUGCAGCUGGUACCGGAAGACGUCAGCACCACGCUGCCCAGUGACGCAGUGCCCACCGCUGUCACCCCAAUAACUAGGAUAACGUCACCUACCAAGCUUCAGCCCACCACCCGAAACACCAAAAGUCCAGCAGCUGAGAAUAUAACAACAACCCAACCCGGUACCCCCCAUCCUGCCACAGAGCCCACGGGUUCCGUAAUUGGAAUGCAACUUCAAGUCCGUCUUGUUGGUGGGUCUACUCUACUUGAAGGCCGGGUGGAGGUCCGGAACGGUACCGGCCAAUGGGGCUCCGUCUGUGAUGACAACUUUGACCUGCAGGACGCUCAUGUUGUCUGCAGACAGCUCGGCUUCGGGGCGGCCCUGGAGGUGAAACUGGCGGGUCAUUUUGGGGAAGGUUCGGGGAACGUCUGGCUGGACGAGGUGUCCUGCAGGGGCAACGAGACGGACCUUGGAGACUGUCCUGCUGACUCCUGGGGACGGAGUGACUGUUCACACAAGGAGGACGCUGGAGUCGUCUGUGCAGGAGACGCAGCUCUCCGGCUGGUUGGCGGUCCGGUUCCCUGGAAAGGACGGCUGCAAAUCCGGCCGUGGGGAGCGUUAGAGUGGGGUGCCGUGUGCAACACCAGCUGGACCGAGGCUGAGGCCGGGUUCGUGUGCAGACAGAUGGGUUAUACCGGCGGGGUGACGUCAUCUGGGCAGGCAGACAUCGGAGAAGGGUCGGAGAACAUCUGGCUGGGUGACGUCACCUGCAGCGGAGACGAGACCAACAUCCUGUCCUGUGGCUUCAGCUGGGAACCUUCUUACUGUGAUCAUAGCCAGGAUGUACAGAUCAUCUGUACAGGUGGUGUGUCAGUCCGCUUUACUGGCAGCCAAAGUCCGUUACAAGGCCGAGUGGAGGUUCGGACUCGCCAUGGCGACUGGGGGACGGUCUGUGAUGACGGGUUUGACGACAGGGACGCCCAGGUGGUCUGUAGACAGCUCGGGUAUCGGGGUGGAGUCGCCACGGCAGGAGGAGACUUCGGAGAAGGGACAGGAAACAUCUGGCUCAGAAACCUGAACUGCUUCGGCAACGAGUCAUCUCUAGAGGGCUGUCCGAUCCAGAAUAGCAACAGCCGGGACUGUGUCCACGGGCAAGAUGUCGGGGUGGUCUGCAGAGGUGACGCGUCUGUCCGGCUUACCGGAGGUCAGGAUUCAUUAGAAGGCCGAGUGGAGGUCCAGCCCGAAAAUGGAGACUGGGGAACGGUCUGUGAUGACGGGUUUGACGACAGAGACGCCCAGGUGGUCUGUAGACAGCUCGGGUACUACACUGGGUCCGCCAGGGUGGGAGGAGUUUUUCCUGAAGGGACAGGAAACAUCUGGCUGGACAAUCUCAACUGCGCGGGGAACGAGUCUUCUGUAGCGGACUGUGAGAUCAACAGGUGGGGAGACCACGACUGUACCCACAAGGAAGACGCAGGAGUCGUCUGUGUACCAGAGGAAGACUGUGCCGAGUACUAUUCAUCAGGAGUGAGAACAAGUGGAGUGUACAGAAUCGGCCUCCUCCCCGCUGAUGUGGAGGCGUACUGUGACAUGGAAACCGUAGGCGGCGGUUGGACCGUUAUCCAGCGGCGGCAGGACGGGUCGGUUCCCUUCAACCGGACCUGGGAGGAGUACAAACUGGGCUUUGGGAACAAGAACGGGGAGUACUGGCUGGGGAACGAGAACAUCCACCUCCUGACCAAUCAGAAGAAUUAUCGCCUCAGGAUUGACCUUUUAGACUGGCAAGGGGAGUCACGCUACGCAGAGUACAGCACCUUCAGGGUGUCCGGUGAGUCGGACGGGUACCGGCUGCACAUUUCCGGGUAUUCAGGCACCGCGGGAGACUCCAUGACAGGCAACCACGCCAACAACGGGCAGAGGUUCUCCACUGUGGACAGGGACAAUGAUGACUGGAGCCGCCAUUGUUCCCAGGAGCGCGGACAGGCCGGCUGGUGGUUUCUGGCCUGCAGCUACUCCUUCCUCAACGGCCGUUACCUGGGCAACUGUGGGAGCUCCUGUCCGUACGCGCAAGGUGUGGUGUGGUACCACUGGAGAGGCUUCACCUACUCCCUGAAGUCUGUGUCUAUGAAAAUCAGGCCAUAA